UGGUACUGUACUCGGGACGGGAGCACUACGCUUAUUAGGCGAUCGAUCCAGCUGCUUCCUUUCUCCAUCUCGAAAGUUGAUCACACUGCUUACCACAACAGCAAAUCCAGCCCUGGUACCACCCCUUAGGCUGCGCCCGCAACAAUGCUUUCAAGAUACUUAUUGACCCUUGGGGCGCUGGUCGCCCAUUCCGUUGCUCUGCCCAGCUUCCAGCGACCCCUGGCAACAGCGGCCGACAACGACCAUGAUGACGACGACGACGACACCCCGUUGCCACUGAUCGUCUGGCACGGCCUGGGCGACUCGUACGGAAACAAGGGCCUGCAGGAGGUCGCUGCCCUCGCCGAGGAGGUCAACCCUGGCACGCUUGUCUACUUCGUCAAGCAGGGCUCCGACGCCAACGCCGACCAGCGAGCCACCUUCUUUGGCAACCUGAACGACCAGGUCGAUAAGCUCUGCAGCGACCUGGCCGCCGACCCCAUCAUCUCCACCGCGCCCGCCGUUGACGCCCUAGGGUUCUCGCAGGGUGGCCAAUUCCUGCGUGCCUUUGUCGAGCGGUGCAACUUCCCCCCCGUCCGCUCGCUCGUCACCUUCGGCAGCCAGCACAAUGGCAUCACCGAGUUCAACGAGUGCUCGCCCACCAACUUCCUGUGCAAGGGCGCCAUGGCCCUGCUGAGGGGCAACGUCUGGUCGUCGUACGUCCAGCACAACCUCGUCCCCGCUCAGUACUACCGGCCCACCGGCAGCGAGGCCGACUACCAGAGCUACCUCGAGAACUCCAACUUCCUGGCCGACAUCAACAACGAGGGCCGCGAGAAGGACCUGGCCUACAAGAGGAACCUGGCGAGGCUCGAGAACCUCGUCCUCUACAUGUUCGAGGAGGACAAGACCGUCAUCCCUAAGGAGACCAGUUGGUUCUCCGAGGUGAACGGUUCCGAGAUCAUACCGCUCCGCGCCCGCCGAAUAUACGAGGAGGACUGGAUCGGCCUCAAGGAGCUCGACCGCAACGGCGGGCUGAAGUUCCGCGUCGCCCCCGGUGAGCACAUGCAGCUCGAGGCUGAGCUGCUUAACAGCACAUUCAGGGAGUUUUAUGGGCCUUAUAAGAAGACCUUUUCCCGGGAUGUCGUGAUUGAGGACGAGCUUUGAAGACGGGAUUGUUAUUGGCUUCUUGGGUCGUUUUGGCUGCUUUUCGGGUUUCCGCUGUAGCGGGUUAGUUUAGGAUGGGUUUUGGCGUUCUUAGCUGUGCAUUUGUUUAGCCUUCCGUACCUAUCGUAGGCAUGUCAGAAUUGACAAGAUACAAAA